UGGUGGCUUUUCCACUUCCAUCGCGCAGUCUUCUGGCCGGACCGGACACCGCGAUCUCGCCCUGCACCCGCACGAAAAACCGUCUCGCGCGCGUAUCCUCUUGUCCUGUCCUUGUUUAAUUUUCGCAGCCCCAUCGAAAAAAGAAGGCAAAACGGAGCAUUUUCUCGGGGGGCAUAUUAUCAAUUUCGCUCGACGAAAAGUGCUCGCAUCUGCUCGCUUAUUCUCGUAAUAUACCUGUGAAUUUCAAGUGCCAGUCGAUGUGAGGACCGUGGUUUCAUGAGGAAUUAGCGAAGAACUUAGCGGAGCCGAGAGAGACAGUGCCAAGAUGCGGGAGAAACGAUGGCUGCUGCUGCUCGCUCUGUACGGAAUAUUAUUGGUCCAUGCGGUCUCCGCAGCACUCAAGACCAGACCGAAAUUCAAAAUUGCGACAACCUCCACGACGACCACCACCACCACCACAACUGAAGAGCCUGUGGAGGAAAAUGAAAACGCAAAUUUGGAGACGACAACAGUUGCGAUCGAAACAAAUGGAACGACCGGACACACUCUAACAGGAAUUCCGCAAAUUGAUUACAUAUGGGACCCGAAUCUACCGCGCGAGUUAAAUGGCUAUAAUCUCAGUGAUUAUCCAUUCUACAAUAGUAUACCCGAGGAUAUUGACUUCAAGUGCGACGGCUUGCACGACGGAUUCUACGCCAGUGUGCCGCACAAGUGCCAGGUCUAUCAUCAUUGUCUCUUUGGCACUCGCUACGACUUCCUGUGCGCCAAUUUCACGGCGUUCGACCAAAAGACCUUCAUCUGUCACUUCGUAUCCGAGGUCGAUUGCGCCAAUUCCAAGAAGUACUGGCACAGAAACGACGCUCUUUAUCAAGCUGCAACGACUACGACUACCACUACGACUACCGUGACGCCGAUUACCGCAUCAACUAAUCGACCGGCUGUACGCGACCGAAUUCCACCCAGGAGAAGACCACCGGCGAGGAGGAGACCCUAUGAUUACUACGAGGAAGACUACUAUGACGACGAGUAUGGUCGUCCAUCGCGAGACUUUGGCCGAGAUGACUACGAGUACGAUGACCGGAAGUACAGGCGUGACAGAGAUCGCGAGUUCAGAGAUCGGGAUCGCGAUCGCGACUUCCGGGAGAGAGAUCCGCCAUCGCGCGGCAGAGAUGAUAGAGAUCGAGAUGCCGCCAGAGACAGAUACUCGAGCAGAGGCAACAGAAGAGAUCCACCGAGAUCGAGGGAUCCGUUGGAGGAUGACUUGAGACCGCGGGGAAGAAAUCCGGAUCAGGGUAUCAGAUCAGCGUCGAGGGAAGUAGACGAUUUAGAUGUGUACGAUAGGCGAACGGAAUCGAGAAACAGAGAUACCGAUGAUCGAAGAUACCCCGAUAAAAGGUACAGAGAUGAUUACGAUGAUAAGGAACCUGCAGCGCCUUCGGCGAGUGCGACAUCGAACGCGGAAGGUCUGGUGAAACCAGCUGCGCCUAGCAGUUCGGUUUAUGCAAGACCGAGAACGCCGCCCAAGAUUAGACGACCGGUACCUAUCUCGGAACAAGAUAGAUAUGCAUACAAAACCACUCCCGUACAACCAACAGAGGAACCACGACGACGACCGGCAGAUUUGACGGAAGAUGAUUAUUAUGAUUAUGAGUUAGAGGAUAUUAGACCGAGAAGACCGCUCAGAAGAAGACCCUCGUACAGAGACAGAGAUAGAGACAGAGAUUUUUAUGAAACUCGGGACAGGGACCGUCCCCUCAGAACUCGUUAUCAUUCAUCGCCGGAAGAAGCACGACUCAGAACGCAUCAGGAUCGCUCAAGGGAUCGCUAUUACGAUCGAGAUAGGGAUCGAGGUAGGGAUAGAUCUCCCGAUCGUGGAAAAGAUCGCGGUUCCGAGAGACCCUCGGAUCGUGAUCGAGGAAAAUCGCAAGAUCCCGAGAGAUCCUCGGAUCGCGAUUCGCGCGGAAGAUCGCAAGAUUCCGAUAGGCAAGAACGACCAUAUUCGCCACGGCUUCUUGAACGCGAAAGAGAUGCCGAACGACUGCGAUCAUCCUCGAGAUCGAAAGAUCUAUCAGACGGUACCGAAGCAUCCAGAAGACCGAAUUCAUACGAUCGAACAACCGAAAAAACUACUGCUACCACAACUACUACCACCACUACAACCACCUGCUUACCGGAACAGCUUAUUCAUAAAACUGAAGACGACAAGGAUACGAUGACUGAUCCAUCAGAAAAGCCAUCGCAUUCGGAACGAUCAUCCAGACCUACUCAGACACAAAGUGAUCGCGAAGUGAGCGAUAUUCAAGAUUAUAACAGAAAUUUGUCCGGACAAUCUCAGAGAACGUCUCAGCAAGCAGAUUAUCAAGAUAGAGACUUGGAGAGUAAAAAUGAACAGAGCCAUCAUCAAGUUGCAUAUACAGACGAAUACUUGUCGGAAUACUAUGACGAGCCGCAAGAAGAGCCGUCUCCGUCUCCUCCUCCAUCACGAACUGCCGUUCGAAUCGUGAAGAGGCCUUUCUUACCAUCUCGAGGCGGUAAUCCUAAUCCAAGAGGAUUGUCACCAGUCGGCUCCAAAGCGCCGCAUUCGCCUAGAAGAGAGGAAGAAACAAUCACUGAUCAUCGAAGCGCCUUACGCGACAACGAACAUAAGAAUUAUUAUGUACAAGAGGAACAAGAAGAUAACAGAAACAUCAAUCAUCAAGAAUCACACCUGAAAUCAGACAAUAAACAGUAUGAUAUUUACAAAACUAUUGAAAGUGAUCAUCAGAAGAAGCAACAGCAAGACGAAUAUGACAGUGCGAUAUUUAGACCUGUGCUACGAAGACCGAUCGAAAAACACAACGAAAAGGAGGAAGAAGAAGAGAUCUCGAGGAGUCCGGAAGAUCCGUCCAACUUCUCUAAAGGAUAUUCUACUCAGAACGAAUCCUACAAUUUACGCAAUCAUCAAGAUGAGAAUCCAACAUCCAAGUGGACGGAGAAUUAUUCGAGCGAUAAGUACGCGAACGUGCAGACCGAUUCUCCGAUCCGUAGCAAAGUCAGAACUGGCACCGAAAGCACGCCAAACAUUUACAGCUCGACGUACAGAAACGAGGACAUCCCGGACCACUUGGCUUCGGGACCUGGCAAUAAUUACAGAAUCAAACAGAGAAUCAAUGAAGUAACACAUCGGCUUCAGGACAUCCCCGAGAGCGAAUACGACGUUACUCUAAAUGAUGCCUUGACGCCGACCUUAAUUCAAGAAACUAAUUUACCGAGCGGAUUUGUCCUACCUGUUCAUAGACAGCAUCUAGGUAGAGAACCGGUGUUACAAUCUUCCGAAAACAAUUACAAACUCUCCCGGCCCAUCAAUCAUCAUCAGCAGCAUUCGCAUCAACAAAAAUCGUUCGUUUCGAGUCCUCCCUUUCUACCGACAAGCAUUAACGAUCGAGCCCGAACGACGUAUUACAGAACACCGGAAGCUAUACAGAUCAGCGGAACGCAAUAUAGACAGCAGAGACAAUGGCAAGACUACACCGUAUACUGAUGGAAUAUAACAUCGUAUGAUGUAUCGUACAUGAGGGAGAGAUUUGAAAUUUUAUCUUGUUUCACGAACGAUAAAUGACUAAUUUAUAUUGCCACCGAUCGACUUAUCUAGGAAAGACACUUUCGUGGAAGAAACGCUACUCACUUCUUUCUUUUAUGAAACUGGCUUUCCACAAGCAGACAUUGCGCGUUCGACACUUAUUAUUAGCCUUGUAAUCAAAGAUGAUCAAUAUCUUUCAUUCCAAAGAACGCGACACGCUCGUUUUGAUGCGUCGCGCCGCUCUGAGGAUAGAAAAUAAUCUGUAAACGAUUCAGUUAGGUAUUGAUAAUUUGUGAGAUUUUAAAAUAAUAAAUUGUUCGUUAAAAUUAAAAAAAAAAAAUAGAAAUGAGAUAGAUGGCGUAAAUCGCAAAAUAUCAUGCUGUUUAGAAAGGAAAACAUAAUUCAAAUGAGAAAAAUGAGAUAUUAGUCAUCCUGAUACUUAUCGAUUAAUACUCAUUAUUAUUCACGCAUAUCGUAAUAAGAAGCAAAAGCAUAAUUAAUAUUCAACAAUAACAUCGAUCAUUCGUUGAUAAUUCGUUGUAAGAAACUCUUCGUUGGAGAAAUUCUAUUAUAUGAUUAUUAGAUCUAAUUGUAAUGAUGUAAAUGCUGCAGGACAAUGUCAUUUAGUAAAUUGUAUGCUUCCUCCGAAUUAGUAAUGUGAUACAGAAAUUAAUUUAAAACAUGAUACAAUUUAAUAAUAAUUUAAUAAACAAUUUAUUUGCAAUAAUAAUGCAUAUUAUUCAUGAUACUUAAUCGAGUUCGAAGUCUUUAUUGGAAUGCUAGAGACGCUCAAAACAUUUAUCUCAACUUUAUAUUCUUCUUAAUUCAAACCAACUUGUAAAUAAUUGUAUGGCAUUCUAUUCUAUAUUUUCGUUAUACUGCAAUUCAAAAUGCAAUAAAUAUAUUUCCUUAUGAAAAACUGUAUACAUUAAAUCCUAUCGUGUGUUAAAUUUUCAUUGAUAUUAUUAGCAGAUAAGUCUUCCUGAGCGUGUAUCUUGUCUUAAGAUUAUGUCGAUAUUUACGUAUGAUAUAAAAGAGUGAGAAAAUAUA